AGUAAACAAUAUGGCGGACAAGUUGCUUUCCCAUCUUUAAUCUGCGCCACUAUGCAUCACUUGUAAUAUGCACUGAUCUGAAUAGAAAUACAUGCACGAAGUUCAUCUAAGUUGUUUCCAUUCGUCAUGCCAAAAAAAGUGGGAAAGAAGAAAGGAAAGAAGAAAUCGAGCAAGUCUGUUACUGACCGCGAAAGAUCCCUUCAGCUGGGCACUGUACCGAACAAAACCAUGGUGCAACAAAUGGCAUCUGAGACACUGAGUGUAGCAGGUAGCAGUCGUGGCGGUACGUCCUCGAGAGAAAGGCUGUCCCAAGCUUUGUUUGAAGCUGAACUGCGGAACCAAAGGAGAUUUAUGAAGGGAAGAGUCACAACAAGAGCAUAUGAACAACUUACACCACAAGAGAUCAGAGAUCUUAAGUUGGUCUUUGAUGUAUUUGAUACAGACAAAAGUGGGUCAAUUGAUGCUCGAGAACUUAGAAAGGCUAUGAGAGCACUAGGGUUUAAGAUUUCAAAAGAAUCUAUAGAGGACAUGAUAGCUGACUUGGAUAUUGACAAAUCUGGAUCAAUUGAAUUUGAUGAGUUCUUGGAAUUCAUCAUUGCAAGACAGGGGGAUGGCAGAGAUGUUCACAAUGAAAUUGUCCAAGGUUUCAAGAUGUUUGACACAGACAAGACAGGGAAAAUAUCAUUAAAUAAUCUGAAACAGGUGUCCAGGCUGUGUGGUGUAAAGUUGAAUGAACAGGAACUCAAAGAAAUGAUACAAGAAGCUGAUAAAGAUGGUGACAAUGAAGUGGAUCAGGAAGAAUUUGUGAGCAUGAUGCUGAAAACUAACUUGUUUAGUACAUAAUCGAGAAAUGACCAGAAGAGGAAAAUGGGAACUGAUCAGUCUUACUAAGAGGGCUUACCAUGACUGAAGGUAUCAAACGUAUCUAAUAUUAAUCCUUUAAUUCCCAAGAUCUCGUUAGUAAUUCUCCUUACUGUCUGUCAUACAAUUCAUGUUAGUUUGGAGAAUUUGGAAUUGGAUCAACCAAUAAUCUCCUAAUUGAUAUU